AUGAAUAUGGAAGAUGAGCGUUUGGAAGAGGAAGAGGCACGUCCAGUUUUGACAAUGACUGGCUUGAAAGAGGAGGGUUCUGGUUCGAUUAUCGCUGACAUGAAUUUAGGUCUUCACAAUAAUUUUCUGAUGGCUUCCUCCACCCAUGACACCACCCCUCAACUGCUAGAUAUGAUUCAACUGCUAGAAAAGGAUAUCCAACAAACAAAUGAUGUUCUCCUACUGGGGAUGUGGGGUAUGGGUGGAGUUGGUAAAACAACAAUUGCCAAAGCUGUUUACAAUAAAAUUGGCCGAAAUUUUGACGGUAGAUGCUUCCUUGCAAAUAUUCGGGAAGCUUGGGAGGAAAAUGGUAGCCAAGUGAAUUUACAAGAAAGACUCCUCUUUGAUAUCUUUAAAGAAAUGACAACCAAAAUACAAAACAUUGAAAACGGAAAAAUCAUAUUAAAGGAUAGACUCCGCCAUAAAAGAGUAUUGAUUGUACUUGAUGAUGUUAAUACAUUGGACCAACUCAAUGCUUUGUGUGGAAGUCAUAAAUGGUUUGGUUCAGGGAGUAGAAUAAUCAUCACCACAAGAGAUAGGCAUAUACUUCGUGGGAAUAGGGUUAACCAAGUAUACAAAAUGAAGCAUAUGGAGGAAAGUGAAUCAAUCAAGCUAUUUAGUUGGCAUGCAUUCAAACAAGCAAGUCCUACAGAAGAUUUUGCUGAAAUUUCCAGAAAUGUAGUUGAGUAUUCUGGGGGGUUGCCGCUGGCUCUGGAAGUCCUUGGGUCGCAUUUGUUUGAUAGGGGGAUAACCGAGUGGCAUAAUGUAUUGGAGAAACUCAAAAGAAUUCCUAACAACCAUGUACAAAAGAAGCUAAAAAUAAGCUACGAUGGUUUAAAUGAUGACACCGAAAAAGAAAUAUUCCUUGACAUAGCUUGUUUCUUUAUUGGGAUGAAUCGAAAUGAUGUUAUGCUUGUAUUAAAUGGUUGUGGACUUUUUGCAGAAAUUGGAAUUAGUAUUCUUGUUGAGCGAAGCCUUGUAACUGUUGAUGAUAAGAACCAACUUGGAAUGCACGAUUUGCUUCGAGAUAUGGGAAGAGAAAUCAUUCGUGAGAAAUCACCAGAGGAGCUUGGAGCGCGUUGUAGGUUGUGGUUUCAUGAUGACGUGCUUGAUGUAUUAUCAGAUCAAUCUGGAACAAAAUCCAUCAAGGGGUUGUCUUUGAAGUUGCCAAGAGCUAAUGCAAAAUGUUUUAGUACUAAUGCAUUUAAGAAGAUGACGCGACUCAGGCUGCUUCAACUUGUUGGAGUAAAACUUGAUGGAAGUUUUGAAUAUCUUUCAAGCGGUUUAAGAUGGCUGUCAUGGAAUGAAUUUCCUUUAACGCACAUACCUACAAAUCUUUGUCGAAGAAAUUUAGUUUCCAUCGAGUUAGAGAGAAGCAAUGUCAACAUUUUGUGGAAAGAUGCUCAGAUGAUGAGAGGUCUGAAAAUUCUCAAUCUUAGUCAUUCACAUUGUCUGACACACACCCCUGACUUUUCAUACAUGCCUAAUCUUGAAAAGCUAGUACUCAAAGACUGUUCAAGGUUGUCUGAGAUUUCUCCUAGCAUUGAACAUCUGAGUAAAAUUCUUCUGAUAAAUCUGGAAGACUGUAUUAGCCUUUGUAGCCUCCCAAGAAGCAUCUAUAAGUUGAAAACUUUGAAAACUCUCAUUCUUUCUGGUUGUAUAAAGAUUGACAAGUUGGAAGAGGAUUUGGAGCAGAUGGAAUCUUUAACCUCCCUGCUUGCAAAUAACACUGCAAUAACAAAAGUGCCCUUUUCAGUGGUACGGUCCAAAAGCAUUGGAUAUAUUUCUCUGUGCGGCUAUGAAGGAUUGUCUUCUCAUGUGUUUCCAUCUAUCAUUUGGUCUUGGAUGUCACCAACAAAUAAUGUCAAAUCCCCAUUUCAAACAUUUUCUCCCAUGUCAUCUCUUGUUGCUUUAGGUGUACCAAGUAGUAGUUCUCACGAACUAUCAUCUUUUUCUAACCACCAUCCAAAACUCCGAAGUCUUUGGGUGGAUUGCAAAUCAGAAUAUCAACUUUCUCUUGAUGCAAAAAUAAUUUUGGAUGCUUUAUAUGCCACAGUUUCUAAGGAAUUUGAAUCAACUGCAACUACAUCUCAAGUAUUAGACAUGACUACUUCUACAUUAAUUCAACGCCGCAGUCAAAUGCAGGUGUUGGGAUCAAAACAUUUCAUGAAUUCUCUUUUCAUUCAAAUGGGAAUGAAUUGCCAAGUCACCGAUAUUCUCAGAGAGAAAAUUUUACAGAAUAUGGAUGUCAAUGGGAGUGGUGGUUGUUUCUUCCCUGGUGAUAGCUAUCCAGAUUGGUUAACCUUUCAUUCUGAAGGUUCGUCGGUAACUUUUAAAGUCCCUCAAGUAGAAGGGUGUAACUUGAAGACAAUGAUGUGUAUUGUCUAUACUACCACUCCAGAUAACAUAACAACAGAUGGCCUUAAAAAUGUGUUAGUGAAAAAUUACACAAAGGCCACCAUUCAGCUCUAUAAGAGAGAGGCAUUAGUCUCCUUGGAAGAUGAAGAGAGGCAGAGAGUAGUAUCAAGUUUAGAACCCGGUAACAAAGUGGAGAUUGUUUUUGUUUUUGAGAACAGUUUCGUUGUGAAGAAGAUAGCGGUUUAUCUUAUAUACGAUAAACCAAUUGGUAAAACCAUGGAUCUAUGUCAGUUACCAGAUUUGAAUGUCGUUGCAUGUUGUGAUGAUGUAAAUGAAUGUUCUGUCAAGAGAUUUUCUACUCAAGAAGAGCCCACAGAUGACUUUGAUCAGAACAGAAAGAAGAAAAAUCGAGUGGAAUGAAUCAACGAAAUAUGGUAAAACAAUGGUGGAGUAAAAGUCAAUUCUUAUGGUGCCUGCCUGCAAAGCUUUGUAUUGGCAACAAUGUUUUCCAUAUUUGGCUGAAGUUGAUAGAUUUUAUCCAUGGUGAUUCUUUUUAGUUUCCUAACAAU